AUGCCCUCGCUGGGGACGAUCCAGCCCAUGGACGCGCUCAACGCGUCGCUGGUGCCCGCUCCGGCCGUACCCCGCCAGAAAACUGCCGUGGAGCCCAUGACGACGCGCAACUCCAUCUCCAACAAGGUUCUGCAGAGCUUUGACAAGUUCCAAACGUCGCAGGUGGUGCCCGAGGAGAAGCGGUCACGAGAGAGCUCCGUGUCCCGGGCCACCGCCGUGAGCGAGUUCAUCUUGUUCCUCAAGGUCAUGGACCAGGUGGCCAUCCACCACAUCACGCUCUACUUCAUCAACAUCAACACACUGGCCGUGAUCCUCAAGAUGGAGAAGUCCUUCGCCAAGUACUACGCCAGCUCGCAGCGGAAACUGUACCUGCGCGGCCUGCUCACGCUCAUCGGCUUCAUGAUCUCCACCUUCGUCUACGACUACCUCGUGCUCUGGGAAGACUACGGCGUGGGCGCCAACGCGACGGCGGAUGGCACCGUGAGCACCAAGCUCCCGAAAUUCACGAUCGUCGUCGUGCUCAAGCUCGCGAUCGUGCUGCCUCUGCUGCUGCUCACCUUCUUCCGCGCCAGGAAACACCCGUACCACGAGGACGUCAAGCUCACGUGGCUCUGCAUCUGCGUGGUGGCGUGCUACCCGGUCGUGUACAACAAGAUCACCAACGACUACGGCGUCUCGUGGGUCUGCCUCGUCAUCAUGUACGUCUACAGCUGCACGCCGAUAAGGUUCUUCCCCGUCUCGAUCUUCUGCCUCGGCUACCUGGCCACGUACGUCGUCGUCAUGCUCGCGUACGUCCCGGGCAGUGCCAGUUCGUCGUCCUCUUCGAGCCGUCAAGAGAUCGCCAACGAGACGCUGUACGCGUGCUUGUUCUUCUUCCUCAUCCUGCUGCCGAGUCAGUCCCGGGAGUUUGCCAUCCGCGUGAGCUACAUGAGCGAGCUGAUGGUUCUACUGCAGCAGGAGCAGCUCAAGAUGGAGGAGACGCGCUCCAAGGCGCUGCUCAAUAGCAUGUUGCCCGAGUCGAUCGUCGUGCAGCUGCAAUGCGGGCGCGAGCUCAUCGCGGACGAAUACCCGGAAGCCACCGUGCUCUUCGCCGAGGUGUGCGACUUCGACCUCUUCUCCUCCAAGCUGCAGCCGCAGCAGGUGGUCGAGCUGCUCAACAUCCUCUUCUACAAGUUCGACAAGCUCGUGGACGUACAUCACGUGCACAAGGUGGAGACGAUCGGAGCCGUGUACAUGGUGGUGGGCGGGUGCCCCGAUGUGAUCCAGAACCACGCCGAGUUGGUGGCGAAUCUAGCGCUGGACAUGAUCCGCUGCAUCCCGGAGGUCAGCGCCAAGAUCGCUCGAAAGCCCUGGGGCAACAUGGUGACGAACCUCAACAUCCGCGUGGGGAUCAACACUGGCGGCUUGAUGGCCGGCGUCGUGGGCAUCCGAAAUCCUCGCUUCAAGCUGUUCGGGGACACGGUGAAUGUGGCGUCGCGUAUGGAGACGACCAACUUGCCCGGCCAGAUCCAGAUCACGGAGGCCACGCACAACGCCAUCUACCACAAGUUCCACACGGCGUUGCGCGGCAAAGUCUUCGUAAAGGGGCGAGGCGAUAUGGACACGUACUUCCUGCGAGGCAAAGACGGAUACAUUGUGCCGCCGGCGUCGGUGGUGUCGCGGGAACAUGAAGGAGCAGGCGAGGUGGUGGCUGACGAUGCGCCUUCGGGUAGCAAUAGCCCAACGUCGGGGCGUCGACGAACCAGUCGCAUGCCCGGAUCCAGCAUCAACGACAUCCCGGAGCACAAGAACGACGCGCCGGCGUUCACGCCUACACUCGCUCCCCCGACGAAUUCAAAUCCCCCGACCGAAGAUAUUCCGUCUCGACCUACGACCCCGAAAGCAGCGAACGCUCGCCAGCCUCGACGAGCUAGUCGCAUGACGCUGGACUCGUCAAACAAGCAGAAGACCAUCGCGAACCUGUUAGCACUAGCACCGCCGGCAGUGAGAAAUCCGUCCAUCAUGCAGCUACCCGAGGGCACGAAGCUCCCGACCAUCCCUCAGUCCGUCAAAGAGAAUAGCGAGAACGCAUCCACCACCCCCGGGGCGUCACCCUCGCAGUCUUUACUUGCGCUAGCGGAUCAACCUCCGUCACCGUCGGCAGCGGCUCGAGUCUCCCAUCGGCGGGGAACUGUGAGCGCGCUCAAGGGCCACAGCUUGAGUCAAAUUGCCACGGUGCGAAGGUCGUUGUUCAGAGAGAACAUCUUCGACAUCGUUGAGGACAUUGACGCGAAUGGGGAGCCCGAAUGCGAUGAGAACGCCGUGUUCAGCACCACGAUCAUGACGCUGCCCAAGGGGUUGACCCGGAUGGAGGUACUCUUCCGAGUCCACGGCAACCGCACGGGCUUCCGCAGCUUGACCAAGGAGGCAUACGAGUUCGAGGAGAGCUACCGCCUGGAGAACCGCAUGCGCUGGCUGCGCUUCCUUCGGCUGUCCGUCACGGUGUUUCUCGUGCUCAAACCUUUCCUGACGCUGUACCAGACCGUGCGCUUGUCGACGAUCCGCUCGUUCGACGAGAGCCAACUCAUUUUCCUGCUCAACUUCUGCAUCAUGUACCCGGGCAUGCUGGCCUUCCUGCUGCACACCUUCUCGCCAACCUUCAGUAGUUGGGAGCAGCUCGAGUCCGUGGUCGUCAUCUCCGUGGUUGCCGUGAUCCUGUGCGCCGAGAGCCUCGCCACCAACUCACUGGGCCACGCGUACAUGAGCGCGCUGGCGCUGUACCAGUGCUACUUCGCCAACGUGUCGUUCCUGCUGCGCGUGAUCAACGGCUUCGAGAUCCUGACGCUCUACCUGGUGGCGAAUCUCCUCAUCGCGCCCUACUUCGGCUGGGAGAUCAACGCGACGCAGCUCCGCGUGCUGCGCAACGCGCUGUAUAUCUUCAUGUUCUUCGCGGGGCAGGCGUGGGUCGUGUUCAACUCGGAGUUCAAGCAGCGCAUCAACCACUACCGAGACAUCACGCUCAACUCGCAGAAGCAGAAGCUCGUGGAGGAGGAGGCGCGCAUCACCAAGCUGCUGCUGAAUUUGCUGCCGGAGACCAUCGUGCACAAGCUCAAGGAGGACCCGCAGACCACGAUCGCCGACUUCUUCGACAACGUGACCGUGCUCUUCACCGACAUGGUCAACUUCACGGCCUACUCGUCCAAGGUCUCGGCCAUGGAGCUCGUGCAGUUCCUCAACGACAUGUACACGCGCUUCGACACGAUCGCCGAGCGCGAGGUGCUCUACAAGGUCGAGAUCAUCGGGGACGCGUACUUUGUGGUGGGCGGGUGCCCCAUUGUGAGCACUAACAACGCGCUGGCGGUUGUCACGGCCGCCACCGACAUGUUCGCGGUGCUGCCGCUGCUGCGACGCAACUGCGGCGUGCCCGACCUCAACAUCCGCAUCGGCGUGCACUCGGGCCCCGUGCUCGCGGGCGUCGUGGGCAGCAAGGACCCGCGCUAUCACCUGUUUGGAGAGACCGUGAGCAUCGCGCACUUCCUCGAGAGCAGCGGCGUGCCCGGCCGCAUCCACAUCAGUGAGAGCACGUGGGCCAGCAUGAACAAGGAGACGCCCGGCCACGGCUUCAAGGUCGAGUACCACACGCUGCUCUCCAUCAGCGGCAGCUCCAAGAAGCUCCGCACGUACUUCGUGCUGUGA